AUGAAGAAUGGAGCAGUAUCACGAAAGCAUGCCACUCGAUAUAGUGAUGCGCUUGAUGAAAUGCUGGGAAUUCCGUCCAAAAAAGAAAAUAUGAUUCAAGAAGUUGAUCUAUCAAAACAAAAGCAACUGGGAGAGAGACCAAGAACAAGACAUGGCCGAUAUGGAGGGGCGGUUACAGCGGUUACAACCAGCGAUUCAUUUCCGUUAUCUUUUCAACUUGGCUUUACGAACAAAAGUGACGUAACCGUGCAACUUUGGCAGCGAGAAUGUGAGGAGGAGGAAAGAAGUGAUGAUGAGAAGGAGAAGAAGGAAGAAUAUAAAAUAGAAACAAUUAAUGAUAACUAUGAAAGUGCCGCUGUGACGAUUGCACAAAAAAUAACAUGUUCACCAGUGAUUAGCACAGCAGAAAGUGAAAAUCAUUUUCAACAUUCAAUCGAUACUUCAAAUCAAGGACAAGAUUCUCAUCAAUCAAUAGAGACAAUAAGGCGGAAAGACCAAUUUUCUGAUGUAGUGUCGAAUUCGUCGGUAGCUGCUAAGAAGACCAAAGCAACAGAAAGUCAGGUAUCUGAGGGAAACUUAUGUGAUACAUUUCGAAUACGAUCAAUUUAUGCAAGGAACCAAUCAGAUAGUGAAUUAAGGAAACCUGUUGAAAAACACUCGAGAACUACGGCUGUCAGUGAAAGUCCAUCUUAUGGGAAAUCAGCAUAUGAGAAGUGGUUUCGAGAAAAAUUGAGGCAAGAAAGAGAGAAGCGACGAAAACAGAAAGAGAAAGAAAAGGAGGAAAGAAAGGUGAGAGAAGAAAGAAGAAAAGAAGUUGAAAGAAAUUAUGAAAUUUGGAAGCAAAGAAGUGAUGAAGCGAUUCGCGAAAGGAGGAGAAACGAAAAGGAAAAAGAAGAGGCUUUAGCAAGAGAGAAAAUUGAAGAAAUGAAGAGAAAGAAGGAGGAGGCGACUCAGGUGGGCUCGAGAAAGUGCGGGGUCUUCUUGAAAAUAUCAUUCGUUAAGAGCGGAUAUGAAGUUGUAAACAAGACGCGCUUUUGGAAUUAUGCACGAAAUUGUUAG